AUGGCUACCUUCAGCAAAAACGUUGUCUUCGAUGUGGUCGGCACCCUCGUCAGCUAUGAGCAUCUCUACGAAGCCAUCAAAAAGCGCCUGGGCCAUAAGCUCAUCCUCCAGGGCAUUCAGCCAACGCUCCUCGGGCUAUGCUGGCUAGAGAUGGCAGAGCGAGAGUACACAUACCUCUCGCUCCACGGCCAAUAUGUGCAGUUCCUCAAGCUUUUUGAAGCUCUGUUCUACCGCUGUCUUCAUUAUGCUGGCAUUGAGAAUCCCCGCUCCUUUGCAACUGCAGAGGAUGUUGCCUACUUAAUUAAUGAGUUCAAGGAAUUGAAGCUUAGGGAUGGAGCUGCAGAGUGUAUUCAGAAGCUUCGCGAUGCGGGCUUUAUCGUCAGGUGCUUCACGACUGGGGAUAUCUCCCGUGUAGGGGGAUAUUUCUCGAAGGCUGGAGUUGGCCUGCCGGCUGAGAAUCUACUGUCUUGCGAUACGGAUGGAAUGGCGAAGCCAUGCCCUGAGGCAUAUAAACCUAUUUUGAACAGGGUUUCUACUUCUGAGUCAAAGCCUUGGUUCGCGGCUGCGCAUCUUUGGGACGCGUCUGGGGCGCAGUCUGUUGGGUUCAAUACUGCUUACAGUACGAUAUUGGAGGGUGAAUACCUCUCCGAGAUAUAUGGAGAGCUGGAUGUGGUGGCUGAAACGCUACCUGCAAUGGCAGACAGGAUCAUCGUAGCCAGUAAGCAAUAA